CGUAUGGCAACAUUAGUUACACCACGCGAUUUUUCGUGAAACAGUGAAUUUUCUGAAGGAAAUUAUUUUCACGAGUGAAUCCUAAAAAUAUUUAAAAAUGUUUGGUGGUGGACAACAGCCUAUUUUAGUUCUGAGCCAAAACACAAAACGUGAGUCCGGCCGGAAGGUUCAGCUCGAAAAUAUCAAUGCUGGGAAGACAAUAGCCGACGUUAUACGAACAUGCCUCGGACCGCAGGCUAUGUUGAAAAUGCUCAUGGACCCGAUGGGAGGCAUCGUGAUGACCAACGAUGGCAAUGCUAUCCUCAGGGAGAUCACAGUGCAGCACCCAGCGGCCAAAUCAAUGAUCGAAAUCGCCAGAACACAAGAUGAAGAGGUUGGCGAUGGAACCACAUCAGUAAUAGUUCUCGCUGGCGAGAUGUUGGCGGUGGCCGAGCAGUUCCUGGUACAGAACAUCCACCCCACAGUGAUCAUCCGCGAGUACAGACAGGCCCUCGAGGACGCGGUGAAGCUGUUGCAGGACAAAAUAUCUGUCCCGAUUGAUCUAAAUGACAGAGAGAAAUUGAGAGAAGUUAUCCGUUCAUGUGUAGGCACUAAGUACAUUGGCCGCUGGGCAGACUUAGCAGUGGACAUUGCUUUGGACGCUGUCAACACUGUCACAAUCAAUGAAAAUGGCCGAGUUGAAGUUGAUAUCAAAAACUACGCUAAAAUCGAGAAGAUCCCCGGUGGGUCGGUGGAAGAGUCGAAGGUGCUGAGUGGUGUGAUGAUCAACAAGGACGUCACGCAUCCCAAGAUGCGGCGCUACAUCGAGAACCCUCGCAUCGUACUGCUUGACUGUCCUUUGGAGUACAAGAAGGGAGAGAGCCAGACCAACAUUGAGAUUCUGGGUGACCAGGACUUCACCAAGCUGCUGCAGCUGGAGGAGGAGCACGUGCAGAGACAAUGCGAGGACAUCAUCGCGCUGAAGCCCGACAUCGUAUUCACAGAGAAAGGCGUGUCCGACCUCGCGCAGCACUACCUCGUCAAGGCCGGCAUCACUGCCAUCCGCAGACUGCGUAAGACCGACAACAACCGCUUGGCCCGUGCUUGCGGUGCCACGGUUGUGAACCGUACUGAGGAGCUGAAGGAAUCCGAUGUGGGCACGCUCGCCGGCCGCUUCGAGGUCAAGAAGAUCGGCGACGAGUACUUCACCUUCGUCACCGAGUGCAAGAACCCCAAGGCCUGCACAAUUUUGCUCCGUGGUGCUUCAAAGGAUGUUCUCAAUGAGAUCGAAAGGAAUCUCCAAGAUGCUCUACACGUCGCGAAAAAUCUGGUGCUGAGUCCGCGCCUGGUGUCGGGCGGCGGAGCGGUGGAGAUGGCGGUGUCGCAGGCGCUCACGGCUAACAGCGCGCACAACACGCCCUACCGCGCUGUUGCGCAGGCGCUAGAGAUAAUCCCCCGCACACUGGCUCAAAACUGCGGCGCCAACACGAUCCGCACGCUCACAGCGCUCCGCGCCAAGCACGCGGCCGGCGGCGCCUGCUCCUUCGGCAUCGACGGCGACUCCGGGCAGAUCGUCGACAUGGCCAAAAUCGGCAUCUGGGAGCCGCUCGCCGUCAAGCUGCAGGUGUACAAGACAGCAGUGGAGACAGCCAUCCUGCUCCUCCGAAUCGACGACAUCGUCUCGGGCUCCAAGAAGAGAGGCGGCAACGAGCCCGCCGCGCCUGCGCAGCAAGCAAUGAUGCAGGAAUAGGCGCUUACAUACAUACAUAGUGUUCUCGAUAACUCACGCUAGCUUAUCACGGGCUGAUACUCACACUUACUGGGCACAAGUUUAUCUGUUAAUCGGUAAAGUGGGUAUUUUGAGUAACAUCGUCGCUUGCCUCUCUAACUGAGGUAUCUGAAAUUUUUUUCGAAACUGAGUUAUCUAAACCAUCUUAAUCAGUUUUAGAAGACGAAUCGAUCUGUCUAAUCGCCUGAAAAUUUUGAAAAAUGUCAGUUACGUCAGUUAAAGAGGCAAGCGACGACAUGACAUGUGUGCUCAGUGAAGACACAUGCUGAUAUUAUUGAAGACUUCAUUACGGACUUCAUAACCAGGCUUAAAAGUUUGGCAAAAAGAUUCAACUUUCUUAUAUUGGAAGAUAGAAAGUACGCAGAUAUUGGAAAUACUGUAUCUUUGCAGUAUGCAAAAGGAUUGCAUAAAGUUUCAGUUUGCAUUGAACGUUUUCGCUAGUGAGUGCGUUAAAAAAUCUAUGAAGAUUUUAGUUCUUGAAAGUAUCCGCAAGGGGCGCUGUACAAUCUUAGCGAUGAUGUUUCGUGUAAACUUGCACUAAGCACUCUGUUUGACCUAUUUCUGUCUGUGACCCACUUUAUAGUUUACUUAUUAACAUUUCAAGUCCUGCUUUAACUUCCAUAGCUUAUUAAAUGCAGUUUCAAGACGGUUAAAGUUAAGUUUUUAACUGUAAUAAUUUGUCGAUUAACAGAGUUUGACUAACGGUGCCCAGCUAUACUUAUUAUUGACACUAAAGACGCGACAAAAGCGUCUGCGCGUAAGUAACGCGACGCAAUUCAUAUUACGUACGUUUCGGUACGAAAUAUUUUUAAACUUUCUUACUAUGAUUGUAUAAAUUUUAAAUUUAAUGCAACUUAUGUGGUAUGUUAUGAAUAUAAUUAGGGAAGUUUGUUGCUCAUUGUUAACGUAAAAUCAUCGUAAAAAAUACUAACCAAAGACACCGUAUAAAGUUUUUUGAUCACAUGUUUGGUGUGAUGAAAUUUAUACCGUUAUAAUUUCGAUAUUAGUGUCAAUUGUGAAACAUCACUGUAUUAACGAUAGAAAUGAGAAUUUUGCCCGU